AAUGAGCGGCGCGCGGCAGCGAAUCCCUCGUGCAUCCGCUUAUUGUUUGACAAAUUGAUUGCUCAUUGCCGCCGCCACCGCCGCUGCCGCCGCCGCCGCCGCCGCCGCCCGAUCGCGAUUGGCCUGGCGUGACGGUAAUUUCUGGCCGCGAUUCGAUCACGCGGCCAGCGAUUAACCGCGCCGCUUUUCCCAUAUCACUGCCGAGGGAAGAAAAACGCGCCCGCGAUUCCGCUUCGUCCAGUCGGCCGCGAGACGCUGCUACGCGAACACCCGUGUGGCAUCAUGUGGCGAUGUGUCAGCGUGGUCACGAAGGUUCUGUGUACCUUCGUCGCCGUAGACGUAGGUUGCGACACUCACACCUGCGGCAUCAACGCCAGAUGCAGCCUGACACCGGACGGCCGUCCCGUGUGCGCAUGUCUGAAUCUUCACCGUGGCGAUCCCCUCGGCGUCUGCGAGAAAGUGGAAUGUUCGAUCAACGAGGACUGCUACGACAACCAGGUCUGUCAGAACAACAAGUGCGUGAAUCCCUGCUCGCAGCUCUGCGGCACCAACGCUCUGUGCAGCGUUAGGAACCACCACACCACCUGCUCCUGCCCGUCGGACCACACCGGCGACCCGUUCAAGUACUGCAGCUACGACCCACAGGCGCCGUGCAAGAAGCCCGACAUCUGCGGCGCCAACAGCAAGUGCGAGGUGAUCGGCGGCACGCCCACCUGCAGCUGCCUGCCCGGAUUCGUGGGCUCGGCGAUCGCCGGCUGCCGCCACGAGUGCGAGACGGACUACGAGUGCGGCGAGCACCGCAACUGCGUGGGCUUUCGCUGCGAGGACCCGUGCCAGACGGCCUGCGGCAGCGGCGCCAACUGCAAGGUGCGGGCGCACCGCGCCGUCUGCACCUGCCCCGAGGGCUGGCUGGGCAACGCGCUGAGCCGCUGCUACCCGGAGUGCCAGAGCCACUCGGAGUGCCCGGCGGCCAAGCCGGCCUGCUACUACCAGAAGUGCGCGAACCCCUGCCAGGCGGAGAACGUCUGCGGGGUGCACGCCAACUGCGAGCUGCGCGGCUUCACCCCGGUGUGCAGCUGCCCGCGGGACAUGACCGGCGACCCCUUCAAGUACUGCCGACCCUUCAACGACGAUGACCUCUGCCACCCGAACCCCUGCGGCCAGAACGCCGAGUGCAACCCCGGCCACGACAGCACGGGCAGGAAGCGCCCGGUCUGCACCUGCCCGAGCGGCUUCUUCGGCAACGCGCUGCACCACUGCCAGCGCGGCGAGUGCAGCGGCAACGCCGACUGCCCGCACGACAAGGCCUGCAUCGACUACUCGUGCGCCAAUCCCUGCACCGGCCACGAGUGCGGCAACAACGCCGACUGCCAGCCCAAGCAGCACAUCGCCACCUGCGUCUGCCGCGCCGGCUACCGGGGCGACGCCCUCUACGCCUGCCACCCCAUCGCCGACUCGCGCGCCCUUCGCUACCUCCGCUACACCAAGUAGACACGUGCACCGAGGUGGACUGCCGAGCUAGUCAUCCGUCAGCCGUGCUGGGUUAAUUCCGUUUGUUUUUACUCUCUCUGAUAUUCCGAGCGAACGAUGCCAGUGGCCCCGCUUGGUGCCACUUGGACGUACGCUUGGUCGUACGAGGCGGGUGGUCCUUCGCUCCGCGACUGCUGCUCUUCGAAGAACAAAUAUUAGAAACUGAAUGAUAACUGCGGCUGUCGCCGACGCAAAUAAAGGCAAAUGCAAACGCGUUUUGUC